AUGGAGAGCCAGAGGAAUGUCUCAGACUUCAUUCUUUUGGGACUUUCGUAUGACUAUUACACACAAAUAUUUUGCUUUAUGCUCUUCUUGUUCUGUUACGUUGCUCUCUUGGUAGGAAACCUUCUGAUCCUCAUCUCCAUUCGGUGCAGCCCUCUUUUCCACCAACCAAUGUACUAUUUCCUCAGCCACUUGUCCUAUAUGGACAUCUGCUACACCUCUAGCAUUACACCCAAAUUCAUUGCUGACCUCCUAGUGGAAAGAAAAACCAUCUCCUAUGGCAACUGUAUGUUCCAAGUCUUUGCCAUGCACUUCUUUGGAAUGAUUGAAGUCUUAAUCCUCACAGUCAUGGCGUUUGAUCGCUAUGCUGCCAUCUGUAAACCUCUCCACUACAUGCUUGUCAUGAGCAGGACAAGGUGCAAUCUCCUAGUGUUGGCUGCUUGGGCUGGUGGGGCCGUCCACUCCUUUCCUCAAUUUUUCCUGGUAAUCAGGUUGCCCUUUUGUGGUCCUAAUGAGAUUGAUCACUAUUUUUGUGAUAUUUUUCCUUUGCUGAAAGUUGCCUGUACCGACACCUAUGUCACUGGUGUCCUUUUGGUUGCCAGUUCAGGAAUGGUUACUUUAGUGACAUUUGUGGUCUUAUUUUCUUCUUAUGUCAUUAUAUUAUUCACU